GGGAGAAAAGGCUGACUUGCAGAAGUUAGGAAGGUCAUUGGAUGCAAUCACUCCCCUCUCUGAUCCCAUGAGCUAAACUUCUACAAAGAACAGAACUUUAUCCUGGGUGCUGCUGAUGGGACACAGCAAGAAUCCUCUAUAUGGAUGACUCUAUGGAAUGAAUAGACAAAGGUGUACUUUUCACAUCAGCUUUAUUUUCACGGUUUGAUCUCUCAAUGCACACAGCAAAAGCUGAAUAUUUGCAAAGACAAUAAGGUUGCUCUGUUUUUGGCCUUUGCCCCAAAAAGUUAAUGUUUCACCAGGUAACUGUACUGCAGUAAAAACUCUUGGCUUGUCAGAGUAUAUAAGGGCUACAUCUCCAUCCCCUGUUCUUGUGGCAUCUCCUACCGACACCAUGGGAAAGGGCUUCUACAUUAGUAAGCUUGUUGCCUUUGUUACCAUCUUUUUUGCCAUAGCCGCAGUGGCUACAAUCAUUGCUUUGGCGGUAGUUUACUCUAAUGAAAUAUCCAAUAAUAAAAAAGAAGAAAAUGGAGGACCCACAAGUGCAGCUCCCCAAGGCACCUCCUCCACUACCGGCACUGGUACAGGUACCGGUACUGCCACUACUACGAAACCUACCACACCUGCAUCAAAUGAACUUUGGGACCAAUACCGGCUUCCAAAAAGUCUGAUACCUGAUCACUAUGAUGUUGACCUCAAACCUGUCUUGGAGAAGAAUGCUCAAGGACUAUUUGUCUUUCAUGGAAAAAGUGUCGCCCACUUCAGAUGUAAUCAGACCACCAAUGUUGUUAUUAUCCACAGCAACAAACUUAACUACAGUAGUUGUGUCCUUCAGGAUGAUGCGGGUAAAAAUCUCACCAUAAACAAAGUAGAGACAGUGGUGAGGACCAACUACCUGGUGCUGCAUCUUGCUGAGAAUCUGCAAACUGGUAAAACAUAUCGGCUUCACACAGAAUUUAUUGGAGAAUUGGCAGAUGAUCUGGCAGGAUUUUACCGCAGUGAAUAUGUGGAAGAUGGUGUAACCAAAUAUAUCGCCACCACCCAAAUGCAAGCCCCUGACGCAAGGAAGGCAUUCCCAUGCUUUGAUGAGCCAGCAAUGAAAGCAACUUUUAACAUCACUCUCAGAUACAAGCCUACCUAUGUGGCACUCUCCAAUAUGAAUGCCAUCAGUACAACCACUGAAACCUUGGAUGGUCAACCAUGGUCGGUCACAGUAUUUGAUAAAACUCCAAAGAUGUCCACAUACCUGGUGGCUUUCAUAGUCUCAGAAUUCAAGUCUGUUGGUAAUGAUAAGGUCAAAAUUUGGGGACGUUCAAAGGCCGUUAUAGAUGAGAAGCAAGCAGAAUAUGCACUGAAUGUCACAGAGCCAAUUUUGGAAUUUUUGGAAAAAUAUUAUAAUGUUCCUUAUCCUCUGCCAAAAUCAGACCAGGUCGCUUUGCCUGACUUCAGUGCUGGAGCCAUGGAGAACUGGGGGCUGGUGACAUACAGAGAAACUGCUCUUCUCUGGGAUCAAAGAGAAUCUUCCAUCAGCAACAAGGAGAGAGUGGUCUCAGUGAUUGCUCAUGAACUUGCUCAUCAGUGGUUUGGGAACCUUGUGACAAUUCGAUGGUGGAAUGAUCUUUGGCUAAAUGAAGGUUUUGCCUCUUAUGUGGAAUAUCUGGGAACGGAUUACGCAGAAAAGACCUGGAAUCUAAUAGACCUGUCAGUACUGUACGAUACACAUAGAGUGAUGGCAGUUGAUGCCUUGGUCUCGUCCCAUCCUCUUACAUCAGAUGAAGAUAAAGUGCAAACCCCAGCAGACAUAAGCGGACUAUUUGAUUCCAUUACUUACAGCAAGGGUGCAGCAGUUAUUAGAAUGUUGUCCUCAUUUCUCACUGAAGAGCUUUUUGUUGAAGGGCUGCAAACCUACCUGAAAGCUUUUGCAUAUGACAAUACGGUAUACACUGAUCUUUGGGAUCAUCUACAGAUGGCUGUAGAUAAACAAAACAAGGUAAUACUUACCGGUAAAGUUAAAGAUAUCAUGGACACAUGGGUCUUGCAAAUGGGUUUUCCUGCGGUAAAGAUAGACACAACACGGGGUCUUUUAGAGCAGAACCACUUCCUUCUAGAUCCAGAAACAGUCCCGAAUCGUCCACCAUCACCAUUUAACUACAUCUGGAAGGUGCCUCUUUCAUAUCUUAAGAGUAAUGGACAAAAUGGAACUUUCUGGCUUAACCAGGUCACAGACAAUGACAAUAUAUUUAAUAUACCUCAAAGUGAGUGGAUUCUGGUUAACAUUGAUGUCACUGGAUACUACAGGGUUAACUAUGAUGACAGGAAUUGGGACAACCUUCUGAACCAGCUAAACACUGACCAAUCUAAAAUUCCUCUUAUCAACCGUGCUCAGAUCAUUGAUGAUGCCUUUAAUUUAGCCAGAGCUAAACAUAUAAGCACGACAAGAGCCCUUGACACCACCAAAUUCCUAAUCAAGGAGGUCGAGUACAUGCCUUGGCAGGCAGCCCUGAGCAGUCUCAGCUACUUUGUACAGAUGUUUGAUCGUACCGAGGUGUACGGACCAAUGAAGAGCUACAUGGUAAAACAAGUUGGGCCAUUGUUUCAGCACUUUAAGAACAAGACAAAUGACUGGACCCAAAGACCAGAGGCUUUAAUGGAGCAAUAUAAUGAAAUUAAUUCAGUCAGCACAGCCUGCACCUAUGGCAUUACAGAAUGUGAAGAUCUAGCAGUUGCACAAUUCAAAGCCUGGCAUACCAGCGGUAUAAAUAAUAUUCAUCCAAACCUGAGAACCUCCAUCUACUGCAAUGCAAUAGCAAAAGGAGGAAUUGAUGAGUGGAACUUUUUAUGGGAACAGUUCAAAAACACAACUAAUGCGCAGGAAGCAGACAAACUGAGAGCAGGCCUGGCCUGUAGCAAGGAACCCUGGAUCCUUAACCAACUCCUCAAAUUUUCCCUGGAUGGAACAAUUCGCAAACAGGACGCCAUUUCCACCGUUUCAAGUGUUGCCAACAACGUAGUUGGUCAGACUCUUGCCUGGGAUUUUGUCAGAGCCAACUGGAAGACAUUUGCUGAAUACUUUGGAUCCACCAUAUCUUCCUUUGGUAACCUGAUCACAACAGUGACUAGAAGAUUCUCCACUGAUUAUGACCUGCAACAGCUUGAACAGUUCAAAAAGGAUAAUGAAGCAGAUGGAUUCGGCACAGCCGCACGAGCUAUGGAGCAAGCAAUAGAGAAGACCAAGGCAAACAUCAAAUGGGUAAAUGAAAACAAACAGAUCGUUCAGCAAUGGUUUAUAGAUGCAGCAAAGCCAUAAAACUAUAUACCAUCACCGAUACCUGAUAAUUGUGAAGAUCAACUUUACCAGCCACACGUGCCUCCUACAAGGACUGCUUGCCACCUUCCACAAUUUAUAAAGAAACAAUGACACCAAAGGGGCCUUACAACGUCUUCUACAAGAUAUAAUCUACAUUGAUUCCUUCUGCUAGUUCACUAUUCUGUCAUUGGUUUCUAUGAACUUCCUUACUAAAGUGACUGAGAAACCCAAUUUGCCAAAUCUUACUUGAACAUUUGCUGCAAACCUUCCAUGUACAUAUAGUGGGGAACCUGCUUUUACCUCUCAGGGCUUAAACAGUAUGCUUAUCUUUUAUGGAAAAUUAUCCUGCUCUCACUUAUAUAUACGAUGUUAGGGGGGUCUAAAUGACAUGAAAUGUCACCUUGAAGCAGAAGGAAAUGACCAUAGUAUAAUGAUCUGGGACUUCUCUUUUCAUAUGCUGCUUGCUUGAAUUGUUUCCUUUCCAAGUAGCCAACCCUGUAAUUUACAUAAAGAAGAAUCCUGGGUCUUUAGGGUGCUAUUAUUACUUCCAGCACAGAGCAGUCUCCAGCAUGGUGGGUGCACAAACUCCCAGACACAAUGGGGUCUAUGUACAAAAAAGUUGCUGUGCAAAAGUUUCAAGCAUUUGCCACUGUAAUUUACCUAAUUCGUUUUUUCCUAUGAACGUCAUCUCCAUCUAGUGGCCAUAAAGCUGUAUUUUUCUGAUUUUGAUUCAGAUUUUUUC